GACUGUCGACCGCGCAACAUCUAACGAUGUCCCGAUAAGCCUGGUAGUUUGUGAAACAUAUGAAAGUGCGAGUGAAAUGAUAAUCGAAAGUUUGUGACAAAAUGGCCAGAUACUAUGUGUUUAUUUUGUUCUCUGUCCCUAUACUUCUCUCAACACUGACGUGUCAAGAACUAGACGAAAAUGAAUCGAUAGAUGUAUCAAGGAUAAAAAGGGAAGGGGUCCCGGAAAACAGGGACUUGACAGUGCUGCUCGUUAACGACCAGAACCGAAACGACUAUAAUACGAAGAUUGGCCGAUACCACAGUGUCAAACCGCUAAUCGGGCUUCUGACGUCUACGGCAAGGACUUUCAUCCAAGAUGGCGUCACAACCGAGUUCGCCACUCAGAUCCUAGGCACCACCCUAGACAACGGACGCAUUUACGCACAGCUCCUCACUAAAUCUUCAUUAGUUCUUUAUAAUAAGCCGUCGAAUGUUGACGACCCUAUCAUUGUAAAUCCAACGCGAGUUCAUUCCGCUUUCGAUGGCGAAUGGAACGUCAAGCAAGAUUUAGGUAUUAUAGAUCCAGACAAGUUCAUACUCAAGAAUACCGACUACUUAGCUCCUAGUAGUAAAAUGGAAAUAGUGUAUGCAAGCAAACCUGUAUUGGAGUCAUUUAACUUUUGGAAUCCUCCUCGACCUCUUGAUUAUCAAUCAGAAAACCAAAUAUAUGACGAACCUAGUGCGCGCAAAGCUCAAUCUUACGAUAAAGAACCGAAAUUUGAGGUAUACAAUUUUCUUGACGGUCCAGCUAUCGAAAGUGAGAAAAAAACCAAAACUCAGCCUAAUAUUUUAAUUGAUUCACAAAAUCGUCAAAGUAAAGCAUAUGAACCUGUCACAGAACCAAUUCAAGUAGAUUCUACAAUACGGAAGGAUGCUUUAAACGAAUCUAAUAUUGUAAAAGUUAAACCUGGUUACGAUUUGCCUACAUUUACGAUUAAAAACGAGUUUUCACCAAUAUUUUAUUAUAUUGAUAAUGUUGAAUCUCGUCGCUCACCACAACAACCUUUACCACAAACAAAAUUACCUAAAAAGUUGUUCGGACAUAAAAGUGAACCACGUCCGAAGAAAACCUUUACUUACGCUGGUUUUGCUGAUUUUACAACAGUAGUAGGCGAUACAGUUAUAAUAUUCACACCUAAUACGGAAACCGUUCGUCCACCCAAUCCAGAUGAGGUCAAUGUUUUUCCUUCAGCUAAGCCAGUUGAUAAGCUAGCCACCAAAAUAACUUUUUUAUCAGCAGAUAUUCCUGUAGCUACAUCUACCUUUAAAGCUCAUGAAGUAAACACGAUGACUAAAUUACCAAGCACCAGUAGUGAUGAAAAUAGGUCUGAAAAAGCUCUGUAUAAUGAUGAAGAAAGUUUGAAAAAAGUAUUAUAUGAAGUUGAUGACAAAAUUCCAGACACUGUUAGUGUUCAAUAUAAUAAUGAAUUUGAGCUUAAUCUCGAUGUUAUACAGCCGUCAGAGCCUGCUUUUACAACUACAGAAAGUACUGUAUAUACUGAAGAUUUGGAAGAAAAACCCGUAAAAGAAUUUAAUUUCAAAGCAACAGAUUCUUUAGACUUUUUAGCACCAUCUGUGACUACUAGACUUGGCGACGAAGAGUCGAAAGAAUCUGUUGUGACUGAGGAUAAUGUAAGACAAGUUUUCACAAAUUCUGAAGAAGAGACAGAAAACACGGCUGCUGAAGUAACUGAAAAAGUACAAGAAGAAGAGGAAGAAGAAGUGCCAGAAGAUGAAAGCACUCAAGAAGUAGACACUGACGUUCAAACUACAACUGAAAGUGGACAUAGUGACGAAUCUUAUGAAAUCGAAACUACUACGGAAAAUAAAUAUAAUAAACACGAAGAAGUUUAUUGUUCAAAUGGUCUUGAAACACAAUCAACGAUGACUACAGAAUAUAAAACUUUAACAUAUUUAACAACUUAUUUCAUACCUCUGGAGAGUACUGAGACUACAACUUCUAUAAAAUCUGACGUUGUCGUUGAGAGCAAUGUGGGGUAUAUCACUAAUUACGUUUGUCAAACCGAUCUAAUUAUUGAGCCGACAUCAGUUUUACCGACUGAAGCUACAAAUACUGAAAGAAGUAAUGUAGAACAACCAGAAGUAGUUUCUCAAAGUGAUAUAAAUUCACCAAAAGAAACUGAAUCGAUUACUGAAAAUCCUGCAAAAACCACAAUACCCAUGGAAAAAGACGAUUUGAUUAAUAUACAAGAUCAAGAAGACAAAUCCACUGACACUAAUCAGAAUAGUGAAAUCAUUGUUCCACAGAGUGAUUCUUCUCCUAGUACUACGACUGAGCGUUUAUCAACAAGUCAAAGUCAUAUAGAAGUAUCUGUCAGUACAGAACAUACUCCAACUGAGAGUUCUAGCUCUGAAGAAGAAGAUGCUGAAAAUGAAAUAGAUCUCAUCUACAAAACUCUAUAUACUACAUAUACAUACUUUACUACAUUCUUUGGAGAUCAGACUUCCAGUGUAGCAAGUCAUAAAUCAGUUGUUACUAACAUUAUCACAUCUACAUUAGACUUAAAUAAACUUGACCCUUCCUUGCUUAGUGCCUUUGAUGAGGAUGAAAUUGCUCCCACAAGUGUAGGAAUAGGCCGCCCUACGGAAUCUUUUGCAAUUAAUAGCAUCAUUGAUUUAGUAAAAAAUAAAGAUGUAAUUGAAUCUGUGGAAAUAGAUAAAUCUUACAGCUCUCAAACACCAACUCCAAGUCUAGGAGAUGAUAUUAUAGCAAGUAUAAAACCAGACACUGUCAAAACUUAUUACACGACCUACACAUUUUUCACAACGAUUUAUGUGGGUUCUGAUGCCAAUGUUUGUAGCAGAAGAGAAGUUUAUACUAACUACGUUGGUCCCGAUGAACUGAUUCCAACAAAAACCAAUCCACUUUCUGCUGAAAGUACAAAAGCUCAAUUUGAUUUCAGGAAUUGUAAACAAGUAAAAGGGAUGUCAUCUCAAACUAUAGAUGAUAAUUCAUCGGUUGAAAGUAGUAUAUCAAUGGAACAAAAUCGUUUGGAAGAAAAGGAAACUACACCACAACCAACACCUAUUGAAGUAGAUAUGUUGUUUAGCGUUGAAUCUAAUCCUCUCUCAGAAAAUUCAUUCGUUACCGAUGUAAAAUCAUCUUCUUCCAAAGGGGAAUCAAAAUAUUUGGAUAACAAUAAUGUACUUGAUGAUCAAAUAAGCUCUGAGAGUAACAUAGACGAAAUAUUACCUUCCCCUACACUUUUAUUACAAACUAGUUACACAACAUUUACAUAUUUUACGACAAUGUAUAUUGGAAAAGACUCCAGCAAAGUAAAGAGUCGUUUAGAAACUAUCACGAAUGUGGUAACAGAAACUAUCACACCAAAAACAGAACCUGAGGAAGAGAACAAUCUACCUAUCACAUAUUACACAACUUUUACGUAUUGGACGACACUUUACAAAGAUAAAUCAACCACAAUUACCAGUCGUGAGGAAAUAGUUUCUAAUGUUGUUACUCCAACAGCUCAAUCGAUUCCUACUGUAAGUCCUAUCGAUACUUCACCUAUAGAUAUUGUAAGUGUUUUGCCUCCUAAGGAUUUAGAAGUGGAACUUAAGCCUUCCUUAGUAGAUAGCAGCUUGGAAAAGGAUGACGGUAAGGCUACAUUCUUUACGACAUAUACUUAUUUCACCACAUUUUAUGCUGGAAAUACAUCUAUAAUAAGAAGUAGUUUAGAAACUGUCACAAAUAUUGUUGACAACACUAAGUUAGUUGAAGAUAAUCAGUUAGGUAGAAAAGUAGCAAGUGGUUCCAUUGAUAAAAACCUUAUUCAGGAUAUUGAGGGAAAACCACAAAUAAUUCCAACAAAAGUAAAAGAAGAAAUUGUUGCAACUAAAUUACCAGAUCCAUCAAAUGUAUCGUCCACAGUUUUACAAGGAACUUAUAUUGACAAUUUAUUCGCUGAAGUGAAACCAGUCGAUAAUACUACACCUAGUCCGGAUACAGAGAAAAAGAUAUUGUUUUCCCAAGUUGCAGUCAUAUCAGGUGAUUCAACAGUUGUUACAGGUGAUAAUAAAACUUUAGGAGAGGGGACAAAUACUACAACUUUGACGUCUAAUACGACUACAACCACAGAAGGCUCUGCUAUAAGUCCCACUCCGGAAGUAAUACAAAGUUCCGUGGCUGAACCAGAAACAACAACUGAAACACUGCUCGAAGAGGAUGUUGAAGAAGACGAUCCCAACUCAAAAAAGAAAGGACGUCUUACUUUUUCGACCAAGAAACCGUCUUUUACACCAGUUAUUAUUCCUUUCGCUUCAAGAAAUAGACCUACGUUCAGUCCGAAACGUCUUCCUGUUCCAAAUAGUGCAACGACUAUAACACGUGCAGAUUUUACUCCAACAAUCACUGCAACCCCGACACUAAAAUCCGUCAGACCUACUGGUAGUUUCAAUGGCAAUCGGAAGGCAGCUGCGUCACCUGGUUCACUAAGUCCAGGUAGAAGAUUUUCUGGAAGGAGCAGUGCAUCGAUAAAUUUGUCUGCAAACAUACCAGCUUCAAGAGCUGGAGGUUUUCCUAGGGGAAGCAUUUCUCCUACAUCAAGAAGGACUGGAUUUAGAUCUAGUACCCUUAGAAGUAACAGCUUAGAUUACGCGAGCAGAUCGGCAAUCCCUAGAAUUCGACCCACCGCCUCUUCUAGACUAAGGGGUAGCCGACAAUCAGCGUCUGUAUCAUAUACUCCAGCUGACGAAUUUGAAACGUUUGCAACGCAACAAGAAGACACCGCCACUGAAUCUUUAGAUGAAAUAAAUGACUUUUCUAAUAGACAAACUACAAAUAAUCCUUUACUUAGAUUUAGAAGGCCACCUGUUGCUAGGCAACCAGGUACAGCUAUAUUACCAAGGUCAACUACACCAUCAUCUAGACGAAGUCAGACUAGUCGUGGACGUACAACCACAACUAAGCGAUCUACUACGAGUAGAUCGACUACAAAUCCUCUACUAUCUUUGCGUAGACAAAGACCUAGUAAUGCUUUGUUUCCCAGAAGAAAUCUAUUUAAACAACCAGAACUUGAGCCAGUGGAACAAAUUGUUGAAAACGAACCGAAGGAAGAAGAAAGCGAAGAGUUAUUAGAUGAAGAAGAAUUCGAAGAAGACAAUGAUUACGAAUCUUCAGAUAGGAAAGAACAGCAAGUUGCUACUCCCUCUACGCCAUCGAUAAGGAAAAAUUCAAAUACAGUACAAAUUAGACCAUUUGCAUUUAAACGAAGAACUAAGCGACAGGUAGAUUAUGGUAAUAGAAAGUUCACUAAUUUCCGAAGACCUGGAGUUAAACCUGCAAGUACACGACGUCCUGAACCAGAACCAGAAACUGAACCACCAGCACCUCCUCCACCAAAACAAAAACCUGGAAGAUAUAAUUCAAGACCUUCAGUAAACAGUAGAUCGACAACAGCUUCAGCACCUAAAGUAUCUCAACGACAACCGUUUAUCAUUCGAGGAGAAAGUAGAUCGACGACUACUUCUUCUCCACCUUAUAGAAGAGGCAAGAUAAGAACCUCAUCCAGAACAACUACCCUUUCAUCAAGACCUAAAGCUCCUCGCUUGACUGGAAAAUCUGCACAAUCUUUAAGAUCGAGCAAAACCACACAAUCUUCUCGCCCCACAAGUAGGUCUCGAUCUCGUACAACAACAAGCAGAGCAUCGAGUAGACAAAGAAAUUCGUUUGAGAACUUGAGUGGGGAAAGAUUUAAUAAAUAUGAUAAUAUAUUAAAUGACGGCAAAAUCACAAUUACCCAUCAGAUACCAAUAGAAGUCACCAUACCUGUAGUAAACGGAAAAAUUACAGAGUACAAAAAUGUUUUAACAGCAAAAGCCAGCAUUGAAACAUUAUUGCUAAAUCAAGUUUCGACAUCGGUUGGACCUAUUGGUAACCAACAGUUAGUUCUUGCCUUAGAAUCGACAGAAUUAGGCGAAAACGGUGCAACUAAAAUUACUAAGUUUGUAUUGCACGAAACUCCUACAACAACAGUUAUUUUUACGCCUACAACAAUACGAGGUCGUAAAACUUCUUAUUCUCAUGUGUUGCCAAGUACUGUAUACAAUGUUGAACCUGUAGUACAAACUGUUGCACCAGAAAUUAACGCAAAUGUGCCAUUGGCUAAUUUAUUGCUAUCGCAACUCCUUUUAGGUAAUCAGCAACCUGGGAUUAAUCCUCUCCUUGCUCUACAAGGUCAGGGAUUAAUACCACAGCAACCUGUAGUACAAACUCCUGUCACCGAGUUAAAAACCAGAACCACAACCUAUGUUACUACAGUAACUGAUAAUAGAGAAACUGUUCUAACAAUUACAUUUAGAGCCACUCCUAUAGAAACAACAAUUGUUAAUCCAACAACGGAUGUUAUAACUGCCACAGAAUAUAUAACUGAGACAGUUGUCACUACUCCAACCGUACUAGCACAACCUGGUCAGUAUAAUUCUCUUCUUUUGCCAUUACUACUUCAGCAACAGCAGCAGCAGCAGCAACAACAACAGCAAGCUCUUUCCUUACAGACUGCUAACCCCUUACUAGGAUUAACUCAAUCUGAUCUUAGCUUACUACAAAACAACAUCGUGCCAAACAAUAAUUUGAACAACGACAUUUACAGUAAUAGUCCAAAACCAAACAUAUUAACAGACUUUAGUAGUAACGAAGACUUUUCUGAUAAUGGUCAGGAUAGUGGUGAAGACCUUCCACCUCCUUCACCAGCGCCCGCUCGGAGAAGAAAUAAACCAAGAGCUCCUAAGCCUGCCCCAGCUGCCCCUAAAUUAACUAGCAUAGUAACGUUAUACGUUUCUGGCAGACAUCCUGGAGAAUUUAGCACAGUACUAUCAACUGUUAUAUCAGAAGAUACCCAAACGGUUAGGAAACGAGAAGCGAUUUAUUAUGAAGAUGUCAAAAUAUUGCCAUCUAUUUUACCAUCUAUAGAUCAACUUGUCAGUUCACAGGGUGAUACUUUGGUCGAAAAUUCUAUUAUUUCGAAUAUGGAUAAAUACUUAGCAAAUUCCCAAAUUGAAUCAGAAUCUGAAACGCAAAGUUUAGAAAGUGUAAUAGGAAAGUUAAGUGAUCAUGUUAAUUAUGAUACCUCGCCAACUUAUGUUGUAAAAUUAGCAACCCAGUCAACGCUUAGAGCAUUCAAUACAAACGCCAUAGUGUAUGACAACUCACCGUGGAGGCCUGGAAGAGAAAUAGACAUGGAACAACGAUCGGCAGAAGAUGAAAGGAAAAUAAAGAAUCUAGCCACAAGAAUAAUGUCUAACGGUGUUGAGGUUUUAGUUAGAGAUAAGAGUGCUGAAGGAAAACAAGAACAGACAAAAUAUAUGGAAGUCAAAACAAUACAACCCUCAGCUGCUAAUAUGUAUUUGAAUAAUAACCCAAAAUUGGACAAAAGAAUAGACAACGAAGAGCACAACUUUGAUCUGAUUCAACCUUCUGAGAUAAGUCACCCUUCGUGCACAACUUCAUGUACUUGCAAUCACGCCAAAACAGAAACUCUUAAGACGAAGUACUCAAAUAUAAAGCAAUCAUCUAGUCCAACAUCAGAUAAAUAUCACACAAAGAAUACUAAAUAUAAUGGCCCAAAACUGGACGUUCGACCAACUCAUAAAGAAAUCCUUAAUAAGACGCAAUAUCGGCCCUACGAGUAUGAGAUCAGCACACAAGCAGCACCAACUGAUAAAAUUGUAGAAAAGUAUACACAGGUUACUGAUUAUUUAGAUGAUAAGGAUACCAAUUCAGUGGAAACAAGUGAUCUCUUAACCAAUGAACAAGCUCCUCCGAUGUCUCCUCCUAAAACCAAUAAAGCGCCAAUGAAUCUAACAUCGCAAAAAGUUAAACCAGAUAGACCACCAAAAGUUGACAAAAAUAAGUUUGUUAUGGCAGAACUUAUAAAAUUAGGUUCUCUAGGAAUUAAAGGUUUAUCGCAACUGGCGCCUGUAAUUGAAAAGAUGACUGGGGGAUUUAUAAAAAGACAAGAGCCAAUUAAGACAACGACUACAACAACAACGACAACUGUUAAGCCAGUAACUAAAAUUACUUCAUACAGUGCAAAUAAAAGAGUUGACAGUGAUGUAGACUCUAAGCAUGGAAACUUUCCAAUUUAUAUUCCAGUAGACGAAAUGGAAACUUCUGAAACGCAAGUAGCAUUUACAAAUGCUACGUUACAUCAAAAUUUUGCAUGGGCUGCAGAACAUAACUUAAGAGGAAAUUUCGUUAAACCAAAAAUAGUACACGAGAGUCCGUUGGUGAAUGGUGGUAUACCUAUAAGUCCAGGAGAAAUUAUAACUGCUAAUUCUGAUGUUAUUGUAGGUAAACCUGCCGUAGGAGGGCCUUUGACUCUAGCUGCUAGUGGCAUAAAGUUGCAAAAUCCCGUUCAUCCACCACCUAUAGAUAGUAUUGCUGCAAACAAUGAACAUUAUAUAGUGAAAGAAAAACCACCACCUCGUCAAUCUGUGAGUACAACACAUGCAGACGAUUCCUUCGACUUGAGACCUCCUGAACUACCGAAAUUGAAAUCUAAACCAAAUAAGAAUUCACAUCGACCUCUAGAAACUUAUUUCGAUCAGCAAAUCUCCCACGUAACAUCGUCGCGUAUGCCAGUUAUGACACAUUUAAAUAACGAUCCUCAUAAGUAUGCGGGGUUGAAAAAGAAUAAUGGCCCUGUUUUCGUUAAUCAUGGCAGGCCCGCGUUUUUGGACUUUAUUCCAUCUUUAAAUAAACCUGUGAAUACCAGUCCAAUAGAUCAUUCGUUUAAUCAAAGACCUGAUUUAGAUAUCAACAAAGAGAAUGAUAUACCCGACAACAAUCCAAGCUCGUCUGAAAUAGUUAGUACAAAAAUACUAACUGAUGAUAAAUAUCAAAUUGUUGAAAGCCCUGAUAAUAUUAACAGACCAUUCCUCGUUGAUAUACAACCUUCAAAAGUAGCUAAUGUGCUAAUUCCUCAUGGAAGCUCCACAGCAAUUGUUUUUGCUGGAUCAUCCGAACCACAUAAAACUGGAGAUUAUGUCGAUGAUCCAUUACCUUACCCAGAACCAGGAUAUUUUGGAAGUUUUAGUAUUGAUGCUCCACAUAUGACAAACGUGCAUAAUGUUGUUCCAAGUAAUAAUAAUCUAUUCAUAGUAAAGCCCAAUGGACAAGCUACCACAGAUGGAUUCAAAAAUAAAAUGCCUACCUAUCAAGAUAUAUUAACAAGCAAAGAACAUAAAUUUAAGUUUAGUGAGAACAAGCGGCCAAAAGAUUUAAAUAAAUUGCCUCCACCCACUAGCAGUCAAGCAUCACACAUUCAAGUAGGGCCCAAAAUAACAGUCUACAACCCAGAGCAAUAUAAAGGGGAAUUUGAAAAACAUCGUCAAUCAACGCUUAGUAAUAAGCAUAAUGAAGAGAAAGAAGUGAUUGAUAAAGAAUACGAAAAUUAUUUGGCAGUACCUCCGCCUCCACCAAAACGGCAUUUUAACCAAGAGAAUAGGUAUGACAAGAAUAAAGCUUACCAUCAUCAACUACCAGUUAUUCAUACAAAACCUGUACAAGACAGCAAAGUAUUUUUGAACAUUCAACAUCCUGUAUCUAAUCAACUUCCUCCUAAAGUGACAUCAGAAAUUUAUUUCGCUUCACAGUUUCCAAAUAGUCAGCCAACUCCAACAUAUACCUUUAAAAUACCACAAUCACCUACUAAUGGCAACGCUUAUUCUCAACUGCCUAAAAUAAAUUCUCAAGCACAUAAAACGGGAACUUCUAAUCAUGUCUCGAAUUCUUAUAUCGUUUCUACGUCUAACGCUGCAGAUCCAUCUAUAAUUGGUAAUAACCGAGAAGAAAAUACUUAUACAGUUACUAUGAAUACGGCUGCUAACGUAGCUAGUGACGGAAAACCAGGGCACGUUAUGGGAUCAAGUAUUACUGUGCCGAUAACCACUACUUCCCACAAUGGACAAAUAAAUGCAAAUAUACCAAUUGGAACAAAUUUCGCAAUAAGAGUAGAAGAUGAUCCAGCAAAAUAUGAGAGCGUCGCUUUACAUGGAAAAAGGCAUCCAUCACUUAACCACAAUGAACAUGUUCAUAUCCCAUUUAAUAAUAUCAAUAACUUUAACGUAGAUAGCUCAUCAUCCAAAUUAAAUUCAAGCCAAUCAAUGACUAAAAUUCAGAAUAAUGGUAAAGAUAAACAUGUUAACAAUGAAAUAUACCCAUUCAUAACGUCGUCCAUCAACAGUCAUGCAAACUUCCCCAUGAUGAAUGAAGAAGUACAUUUGCACACAAAUUCAAACCCUGUCAUAAAUUACGACAGUAAUAAACAUAUUGUUAAACAGGAUAGAAUACCACAACUGAAGCCAAAUAUUUCAACUAACUCUCAUGGGUGGUAUUCAAGCAUUCUAAAUGAAGGAAAUGUGAAAAAUAUUGAUGUAGAAUCAACAACUAGAAAAAAUAUUCCUUUAAAUUACGAUAUUAAUAACGACAGUGUACCAGAAUUUGGGGAAAAAAUUGCGACUGUUGGAAAACCGCCAGCAGAAUUUUGGAAUCAAAAUAAUAAGCAAUCUGUCAACAAUUUUGGAGUGGGUAAACCAUUCUCGAAGUCUAAAGAGGAUCGAACACCUAAUGUAUCGGUAUUCACUAUAAGACCAAAUUACAUUCCAUCUAUUUAUGGCGUACAGCAACCAACUUAUGAUAUACCAGUGCGAGAUAACAGUGAAGAAACAACUACAAUCAAAACUAUAUAUCAAGGACCUCAAAACUCUAUAAAACCAGUAUAUGAAACGGCAGAAGAAAUAUAUGAUGGCGAAGAAGAACCAGAAACAGUUGGAGACGGUGAAGUUAGCUCCGAAUCUAUGAGUGUGCCAUAUGUAAGUUCAUCUAAUGAAAGAAAAAAUAGUACAGAAGGCUCUGUUCUGGGCACAGUGUCACAAAACAGCAAUCCUCUAAAAAUGGACAGUAAUAACAAGAGUGUCCAAUUAGUUAACUUUAACCCUGGAACUCAAACAGAAAAACCAUUUACUUCUUAUAACAAGACUAGUUUCCAAUCUAACAGUAUGAAACCAGUUAAUGAUAAUCUUAAUAUUUAUAUGAAGCCAAGACCGUUUACUAUUCAAACAGCAAUUCCGCUUGAUAAUCAACUGCAACAACCGCAUUGGCAAAUAAACCAGUUGAUGGAAAAUGUAACGAAUAAUAUGUCCUAUGAAGAUAAUUUCGAAUUAAAUGCAGGCGAAGAGAUUAAAACAACAUCUACUAGUAAACCGCGCUAUACAAACAAACCAUAUUUACGUCCUGCAAAACCAGUUAGUGGAAAUAAAACUCAUUCAAGACCUCGUGAUCCUGUUCUUUUGAAUAGUACAAGAAUAGUUAAUGAAUCGAAUAUCAUUACAUCUACAGUUCAUAUUAAGGAUAAAAAACCAUUAACUAUAGAGAUUGAUGAGAAAUCUACACUUACUUCAUUUACAAUCUCACCUCAAACUGAAUUUAAUAGUACAUCUAGCGAAAUACUCAACCUAUCCCCUCCGCCGCCUCACGUGGAUCAAAAUUACAAACCAUCUAAGUUUGAUGAAAUAAUGGGUAUGAGUCCUCCUCCACCAAGAACACAAUCACCAAGGUACCCAUUGAGAGUAACUCAAACACCUAGACCGGUAUUACCUAUAAGAACACCCCCUCCCUACAAGACUUUACCACCAAGAACUUCUACUCCGCGGCAGUCAACAACAAGGCCUCCGAGAAAACCUGUUAGUAAAGAUGAAGUGUCAACGUACAGACCAAUUUACGAAAUCACAAACAAAAUCAAGAGGCCUAGUUAUAACUUUGAUCAACCGUCAUCACUUUUGCUGCCACCCCCGAGAGAGCUGCCGUCGAAAAAUAUUCAAACAGAAAAUAUACCAAGACAAACUUCAGUAUUGUCGCCUACUACAAGUGUUAUUUUCCCAACUCCCUUGUCUUCUAGUUGGUUAACGUCAUCUAACAUUGGAUUUUCUUCAAGCUUUAAUUUUGCACCUACGUCCGUAUAUUUCCCAGAAACUGUAUCACAAUAUCAAGACAAGCCUGAUAUGAUGUCUUCACAUGACUCUUCAGAAAAUAUUGACAAUUCUUAUGAGUAUGAAUCAUCCAGUGAAACCAGUGACGUUAGCUAUGAAAACCCUGUGACAGAAAAGAAAGUAACAUUUGUAAAACAAAUGAACAGAACUCAACCCUCAAAGAAUGUAAAUAAAGUGUCUGGUGCUCACUUCAAUGAUGGCAGCUUUUUAUCUUCAGAAUCUAGUCAAGAAGAUCUUACUAAGAAUAAAGUGAAAGUUACACCUAUGGGAAAUAAGAAUCGUACUCGUAAACCUUAUCCUAUUCAUAAUGAUGAUAAAAAAUCAAGUAUAAGCAAAUUUAAACUUCCUUCGAAACCGGUGCUAAUCAUUAAGCCCUCACGAACACUGUCUCGACCAGAGGUUUCAUACCCACCAAGAAUUAGCACUAUAAAGAAGAUUAAGCCUUUACCUUCUAGACCAUUAGCUAUUUUCCCUUCGAGUAUCAUAGAAAGUUCAGAGUCCAACAUGGAAGAAGAUUUUAUAAGGCCAACUGAAGUUUUGAAAGAUAUCGAAGUACCAACUAUACCACCAGAAGUUACAUCUGUAAUUGAAAAGACAAUUACGUCUACUUUGACAAUUAGCAAAGACAUAAUAGAUGCAAACAUAAAGCCAACUCAUCAUGCUGGAAAUGAAAUCAAAAUAUCAGAUGAAAUUGUUCCAACGAAAACCGAAUUCAGGACAACAAUAAUCACUUUGACCAAAACACUAUCGGAACCGCCACAAACAGUAUCAAGCAUUGGUUACGUUAAUUUAACACAUACCCUAACAGUCACACACACGGAAACUAGUUUGAUAAGCAAGUCAGAAGGAGCGGUUACCCAAACUUUAGUUCUUACUAAUACUCAUACAUCUACGAUAGUUGAUGUAGUGACUGAAAUAUAUACAGAAGUUCAGCCAACUACGAUUGUGGAAACAGUAACUAAGCAUAUCCCUAUUCAGCAAGUGGAAGCAACGCCAGUUAUGCCUUCAUCCACCAAUACAAAUACGAAAAUUGCUCUGGAUGACAUAGCUAUGUCAUCAGAAGAGAGUGAUAACUUUAUCAUUAGAGAUAAUGACGUCACUGAGAACAUUCAAAAAAUUGAAGAGGAAAAAGACAACGAUACAUUCUUUGUAGUAAUGAACAAGUCUCAAAACGGUGGUAAAGUUACACCUAUUAACACAGACGUAGAAACAGGUGAAUAUGACGGUGUUACAAGAAACGAGCAAGUGAACAAUAAUGGUGUAUCACAAGUUUUGUUUGGGGAAAUAUUGUUGGCUGGGACACCUUACCUAGAAACAAUUAAUGUUGCACUUACUGGUUAUGGAAAAGAAUGCCAACCAGACUGUAAGGCUUCUAGAAACGAAAGGUGCCAGAGAAUUGAUGGCAUAAUGAAAUGUAUCUGCAGACCAGGCUUCGCUAGGAUGUUCCCCGAUAGACCCUGCAAACCGACAUACACAUAUUCAGUAAGACUCGCUCUUGGAUCACAAGGCAAUGAACGACUGAAGUUCCAGAAGAACUUAUCAGAUAAUUCCAGCAAGGAAUACCAUACUCUAGCCGUUGCCACUCACGAAGGCAUCAAUAGAAUGAUAAUGCAAUCAGACUUAAGAGAUGUGUACCAUGGUGUCCAUAUAACUGGAUUCCACCCCGUUGAUAUGAGAACGCCUAAAGGUGAAUUGUACGAAGGAGUUAUAAACGAUUUCUAUGUUCAGCUCUCUGAUAAUGCUCACGAGAGCAGACUUAAAGAAGUCAUAGAAAAAUAUCUGAGAAACAAUAACUAUAGUCUUGGUGGAACAGAAGUACAUGCGGCAGACCAAUUGAUGGACAGAUUAAAUGUUAGCGACUUUGAUGAAUGUGUCAGUACUCAAUUCCACGAUUGUUCUGAGCACGCUCGGUGCUUCAACCUUCGAGGCACUUAUACAUGCAGCUGUCUGGAAGGCUUCGCUGAUCUGAGCGUUAAUACUCUGUAUCCUGGAAGGAUCUGCUCUUCUGAUGCCGUAGGAUGUGGUGGUUGCAACUACCACGGCACUUGCUUCGAACGCGAAAGUGCUAUGUUCUGUGAAUGCUUCAAGUGGUACGCUGGUAGAACAUGCCAAGUUAAUCUCAAAGCGGUGCUCAUAACGGUGACAGUGAUUGGCGCGGUGGUGAUCCUAGUGGUGACCAUCUGGGCGUCGAAGCGAUGCUGCUGCCAGCGAGGCCCGGCCACGCAGACCUUUGUGAUAGGCUGCAUGCAGGGAAUGCCUAGCUUACACCAGGGUAACCUUCCAUCCAAGCAAAGAGCUGAUCGACGAGCCCUGAUAGCGGAACGAGAAGCAGCUGAAACGUGUAGCGUACAGAAUACGUCUCUACCUUACAUACCUUCCAAGCAAUCUCGUUCCCGCUCUCAGUGCAGCAAGAAGUGCGUGAUAUCGGAUCCGCCUGCGCACGCGCCGCCCCCGCCCCCCGCGCCUGCGCUCAUGAUUCCCCGCGCGAGGUUACACCCCCAGCACUCAGACAGUCGAGAUAAUCUCGCGAGGAAGAAAAGUGCGGAAAUCAUCAGCGAAGCGAAACUUAUCAGCUACUUGGAGUCUGGAGCUACCAAUGUUACUGAAGAAAUGCGGAGAAAACACAGUGUUGAGUCCUCGUACAGCAUCAACAAAGAGAGACCUAACAAGGGUGCCCUCGUGUCAGCUGGGUUCAAAGUGUCCACCACAGUGCGUCCCGACGAAAACUCCAUAAAGGAAGACAGAGACGACGCUUCGUCGGUGAACAAGACUGAUUUAGAAGCGGAAAUGUCUCACUUCGACACGCUUCGUAAAUAUAGUAAUAGUCAAGAAGACAUGUCCGAAUGGACGGACGCAGAACGUCGUAUUGGUGAACUGACACUGUCAGAAGCGCGAUCAGUCGGCGGAACUCUACCGGCCAGUACCGGUCGAGCUGCUUCCUCCACACGCUUGACUCACCAGGAGGCUCACACAAUGGCUGAACGCGACCUCGGCUCCACCUUCCUCCUGCCUCACGUGCACCUCUAUAAACCUGACCUUACUAGCGAUGUAUCGGAGUUCGAUUCACUGUGAAGACUGCUUUAUUAUUAAAAAAAAAAAAGAUAAAAUGUCACUAAAACAGAGAGGCUAUUCCUAACUAUGUUUUGAGUUUUAUUCGAUUAAACUAUUGUCUAAAAGUUACCAAAUUAAAUUUUUUACAGUGACAUUUUAGUCUUUAUUUAGUUAAUUUUUAGUUUUAAGUAAUAAAAUACAUAAAAUUUUACGCACAUACAGUUUUGACGGUAAAAAUGAUAUGAAAAAUACGUAUUACGAAAAAAUCCAUCAUCCCUUUAAAAUUCGUACAUUUUGAAUUCUACUCAAUUUUUUUUUUAUCAAACAUAUCUAUUACCUAGUAACUACCUAAUGUAAAUAAAACUUACUAAAACUUUGAAUUGCAAAAUUAAUUAGUUCAGGGCUUCAUGAGCAUACAGACAAACAGUUAUUUUACAAUAUACAUUUGUAUUUAGUUAAUAAAUAAACAUAUUAAAAUUAAAACAACAGGUCAAAAUUAAAAAAUAUAUUUCAUGAACGCCAACUUAACGCUCUUAUGAUAGAUAUUUGAUUAUUUAUUAUUAUUAUAUUAUGUGAAGACUACCGCCGGUUCGGAAAACAAGUUCUACCGAGAAGAGCCGUCUCAAGAAACUAUCUAAGCUAAAAACUAUAGUUCAAUAAAUAUUUAUAAUAAUCGUGAUAUUUUGUUAGAAAUUCAAACCUGCGUCUUUUGCUGAGGCUAUUCAACCGUUUUACCACCAAAUAAAAUAGGUACCUAUAUAUAUUUAUCCAGAAUAUCUUCCCCAAUACAAAAUAUAAAUGCCAUAAUAUGUAUAAGUAUAAUGUAGUUUUUAAGUUCACAAUGAAAAUUAUUU